AUGCCUCACAUCGUGUCCAACACAACUGUCGGCGACAAUCCCAGCGAGUAUUACGGUACGCUUGUCACCGAUGGAAUCAAAUACGAAGACGGUAGUCGCGUCACAAUUCAGAACACGCUCUACGUCAAAUUUCUGUCGCCUUCCAAUUCUGUUCUGCUCAACACCCUCAGCCCCUGGCAGGACGUCACUUGCACCAUUAGCUCCGAACCAGGCGACACUCAGGGCACUUUUGGCAUUACGGCCGCGAUCCAGUUUCCCGGCCCGUACACUUUCAACACCUCGGACACGUUUACCUGGGGUGUCAAUGGUGACUUGAGGGGUGAUGCCUCCCUGUACACUGGCUCGUUCGAGCUUUAUGCCGACAAGUUGCCCAGCGGCAUACUCGAGGUCGAGGUCUCAGAUGUCCCGGACGCUGCGCUGUCCGACUCCGAGCAGACCAUCACUCUGACUCGAGGGGGGCAAUCGUUCCCUCUCUCAGCGAGACCUGGCCAGACAACCUCGUUCACAGUGGCGAGUGGUCAAUAUAAUGUCAAGGCAGACGAGUUAGUUAACGCAGAUGAGACCGUCACCGCAACCCCAUCUGUCUCCCCGACAGACAUCACUGUCGAGGAGGACUCAACCACCAAGCUGACAGUGUCGUACGGACCUGCCCAGAGGUAUUCCGCCUUGGACAUCACUGUUGGUCAGCUGUCUCCACCCUUGGACAAGGAGCAGAUUCAUGUUCAGGUGGCGGUGGGCAAUGAAGAACCCAGGGCCUUCGACAGUCCAAACAACCAGACCACCAGUCUGCGGAGGCUGCCAUCUUCUGGCACAGCCACCAUCGAUGCUGUGUUAACCUUGAACAACACCAAAUGGUACACCAGCCAGCAGUCUGUAGAGCUCUCUAACUCCUUGGUUAAGGUCAACAUCGAGAGCGAUCAGUUCUCGUCUGAGAAUAUUGACACUUCGUCAUUCGUCGACCUGCCUAUCAACGUGACUGCCGACCCGGAGCUCACGGGAGACUCUAUUGCUUUCCGCCUUGUCUCGACUGAUCAGACAGCAUUCAUCUACUCCAAGGACAUCGCCAUGAAGAGUGGAACCAUCACUGUCGGUACCCCCGUCGCGCCGGGAAAGUACACGGUUAGAGCGCCCGGCUUCGUCAAGGACGGCACCCUUACCGCCACGCAGGUGGUCGACAAGAUUGUGGUCGCGUCCGAUGGCUCCUCCAAGCUCGACCUGAAGAUCACACGCGGGCCAAACCUUCUGGUCCGGGGAUUUCCCAACUACCUGGGCUUCGGCGCCCUAUCCGAUCUCGUCGAUCUUGAUGGUAAGGAUCUGACAUCGGCUAAGGUCACGUCCGUGUUCAAGUACGCCGGCACCGACGGAGCUGGAGAUGCGGGAGGCUACCUAACCGACGACCCGGCCACGACCAAGACGGUCAAGCUAGCAGCCUUGGUGUCGGAAAACCUUGGUGGGCAGCCUGUGUUGCCUGUUAUGAUCAACUAUACGGUCAAUUUGAGCCUCGGCGAUAGUGAGAAGCUCCUGCAAGACGCCAGCGGACUGGAGCACUCUUUCGGCAACUUGAUACUGAGCCUUCAGCUGGCCAAGAAGGAGUCUAAAAACGAGGUGUCGGCCGGGUUCAUUGUUAACCCUGACUUCCUGGGCGACAACCAGCAGCAUAACCGCAGAGCGGAAUACAGCAUGCCUGUCGUCGAACCACUCACUCAGGCGCUGGCCUACCGCAAGAUCGACGCCGUAGUCCCAUCCACCAUCACGAACACGCUGAGUGGCUACGUACAAGCGGUCAAUUGGUUGAUCCGUACUGUCGCGCCCGAGGCGACGUUUGGCUGGCAGGUGAACCUUUGGGGCGUCGGUUCGUCCGCGUGGAUCUACGACCAGACCGAUGAUAUGACAAUGGCUAUCGACAAGGCGAAGGAGACAGCCGACUACGUCAAACUUCUCGGCGUGUAUGACGGCGCCUUCGCACCCGACUUCCUGGCCAUCGACCGGUAUGAGGCCGACGACUUCACGUACCGGGGUUACGGCAAUGGGUACUGCUACGGGCCGAAAGAGUGGGCUAAGUUCUACGACUUCGUGAAGACGGUCGCCCUGGAGCUCAAGACGCCCGUGAUGCCGUGGCAGAUCCCCGCGAGCCGGAUCCCGAACACCGACGAGCCCGUGACGAUCGCCUCGCUGGAGCCGGACCACUGGGGCACCGGCGGCACGUACAUCUUCGGAGACCCGGCCAUCGGAUCCGAGGUAAAGAACAUCCACCCUGUCGUGCUCAGCAUCAAGCCGGCGGACCUCGUGCAUCAGGAGACUGUAGAGUCGCUCUUCAACAGCUCCGUGCCCUUUGACCUCAGCUACCCAGCCUACGACGACUUCCCGCUGCGCGGCAUCUUUUCUGUGCUGCUCGGAGGCGGCAUCACCACUGGUGUGGUGACGACUAUUGGGAGUACGGGGAAGUGGACGCAGGAAAAGAUCAGCAAGUACAUGGAGGAUCCCAUCUCGCUGAACACUAUACCCUGA